ACGCGCGACGCUCGGCAUCCCGACUCGAGCUAUACUUUUGUUGUUCUAAAAACGAACACUGGUCCAAUCGUGAGGUCAGCUGACGCUGGUAAUGGCCACCCACCCCACCCCCUCUCUCUACCUCCUCUCGACCAACACACCGACUCAAACAGCAAGUUGCUGCAUUUUUAAGUUUCCUUGCUCAGGGACCGAAGAAGAGAGACAAGGUCGACAGGCAUAUACUACUUUAGCCUCUUCGAAAAAUGUACUUUUAUAAACGUCAUUCACGUUAUUUUUGUGACUCUCAAAGGAUAAACAAAUAGGAUCUUGCGUUUUUGUUUUUUAUUGUUUCCUAAUAAGCUCUUAUCAUUAAGCUCAGCAGUCGCCCUUCUUGCUUUCCCUUCCUCGGUAUAUCUCACUCAACCGCCCAUUGACUUUAUGUUCAUCUGAGCUGAAAAGCUGCUCAGAAUGUUGCUUGAACAUCCUGGAUCGAGUUGUCAAAAUCCCGGGAAUUUCUCCCGAUACAGCGCAGGUCAAGAGAUUCCUGUAUGCGCGGGCUGUAAUCAACACAUCGUGGACCGCUUCAUCCUCAAAGUGCUGGACCGCCAUUGGCACAGCAAGUGCCUGAAAUGCAGCGACUGCCAAUCCCAACUAGCGGACAAGUGCUUCAGCCGGGAAGAUAGAGUCUACUGCAAAGAAGAUUUUUUUAAGAGAUUUGGGACCAAAUGCGCCGCGUGUCAGCAAGGUAUUCCCCCGACGCAAGUGGUGAGGAGAGCGCAGGAUUUUGUGUACCACCUGCACUGCUUCGCGUGCAUCGUGUGCAAAAGGCAGCUCGCAACAGGUGACGAGUACUACUUGAUGGAGGACAGCAGACUCGUGUGCAAGGCUGACUACGAAACCGCCAAACAGAGAGAGGCAGACUCAACAGCGAAAAGGCCACGAACGACUAUCACCGCCAAACAGCUCGAGACCCUGAAAAACGCUUACAACAACUCUCCAAAACCUGCCCGCCACGUACGAGAACAGCUAUCGUCAGAAACCGGCCUAGAUAUGCGGGUUGUUCAGGUCUGGUUUCAGAACAGGCGAGCAAAAGAGAAGAGGCUGAAGAAGGAUGCAGGCAGACAGAGGUGGGGACAGUACUUCCGCAACAUGAAGAGGUCGCGAGGUAGUUCAAAAUCAGACAAGGACAGCAUCCAGGAGGAGGGCAUGGACAGCGACGCUGAGGUCUCCUUUACAGAUGAGCCACCCAUGUCGGAGCUCAGCCACUCCAACGGCAUCUACAGUGGCCUGAGCGAUUCGUCCCUCGCCAUGGGGGGCCGCCAGGAGAGCAGCCACGGCCCCUUCCCACUAGAGCAUGGAGUCCUCCAGUCCCAGGACCAGUACCACAACAUCCGCUCCAGCAGCCCCUACGGCCUACCCCAGUCCCCAGUCUCGCUUCAGGCCCUGCCCAGGCACCAGCCCCCCAUCUCCAGCCUGGUCUACCCUGACUCCGGCCUGUCCAUCAUGACCCAAGGCGGGGCCCCCGGGCUGAACCCAGGCAUGAGAGGAGUGUUGGGUGGCACUAACGGCCCCAGCUCGGAUCUGUCUACUGGCAGCAGUGGGGGCUACCCAGACUUCCCAGCGAGCCCGGCUUCCUGGUUGGAUGAAGUGGACCACGGCCAGUUUUGAUGAGCUGGGUUGAUUGGUCAACGUGGUCUAAGGACUCAAAGGUGUGUGUCACAAACUGGAAAGAGACAGUCACACAUGACCUGUGAAACAGAGAGACCGGGUCGGACGGUUGCUGUCUUCCACCCUUCUUGGAUCACUCCAUCUUUCUCUAUCAAUUAACUGUCAAUCUUUUUCAUUUCUCCUCAUCUGAGUGGACUGGAAGGAAGGAUUGGGCCAUCAAAAAGUAUUAAUGGUAGCACUUGGAACUCAAACACUCCAUUCCUCAAAGAGAACCAGACUCAGAAUCAUGGCGUGCUGGCCUGUUAUGAAUGAUCGUUUAGCGCUACUGACGGAUUGUUGAUAUGUUGCUCCGAUAGCAUCAAGAGUAGGGUCUGAAAGGAAAGCACCUCACUCCUACAAUCAGAACUUUUAACGGUCAGACAGACAGACUACUCAAUCUCUGUCUCAAGUCUCAACAGCAUCUGCUCAAACAGUCCUCCACCAUUGAACUAUGUGUACAGCAGCUUUGGACCAUCAUGCUUUUGAUCCCUAUGGUGUCAUCAAUAUUACACCAGAGGAAGCUCCCAGAUACACGCUAUUUCCAGCUCUGCUAUCGUUAUGACAACAUAACAAAUGUAAACUUUUGCCCAGUUGGAUUGUGAUAGACUCUACCCCCAAUCCUUUCCACCUUAUUCUUCUCUCUUUUUUUAUAUGUACUGCACCGAUGCAGGUUUUGGUUAAAGUCAGAGUCUUUACAUGUCUGGUUGUUGCCAAAUGUCUAAUAUAUAUAUAUAUA